AUGGCGGAGGCAAAGAAGCAAACCCUAGGUCACCGUCGAACUGAAUGCAAGAUCAUCGAGAACAAAGCCGCGCGCGAGGUCACGUUCUCCAAGCGCCACCAGGGCAUGUUCCGGAAGGCGAGCGAGCUCGUCAUCCUGUGCGGCGCCGAGGUGGUGAUCAUCGCCUACUCGCCCCACGGCAACCCCUUCGUCUUCGGCCACCCGUCUGCCGAUGCCGUCAUCGAACGCUACAUCUCCGGGGGAGCUGGCACCCGAGCGAGCAAGGCGGCGGCUGCUCCGAGCCACGCUCUUGACGAGCACAAGAGGCAAUUACAAGACUCGGUGUCGAAGCUCGAAGAGGCAAAAAGGGUCGAGGCCGAAGCCGGAGAGGGAAGAGCUGCCGGGAAUUGUUCUGGUCAGAUGUGGUGGGAUGAGAACGUUGGUGAUGGCAUUGGAGCGGAUGAGUUGGAGCAUUAUGUGGAUUCGCUGGAGAAUUUGAUGAAGAUGGUCGCUGAUAGAUUAGGUAUUCAACCUUGUGUUUGA